GUUAUCUUCAAAUAGUGCUCUUAUCUAUAUAUACUCAUCAUUGGGUCUAUUAAGCCUUGCAAGUUCUCACAUCUUAGCUAGAGCAAAGCAUUAAACUUUGAAUUCAAGAAACACACAAGACAAUCCAUGGCGAUCAGGGUUCCUCGUGUGCUGCAAUCAUCCAAGCAGAUUCUCCGUCAAGCGAAGCUGUUCUCAUCUUCUUCCUCUAGCUCUCUUGAUGUUCCAAAAGGCUACUUGGCGGUUUACGUAGGAGAAACAAAGAUGAAGAGAUUUGUAGUUCCCAUUUCGUACUUGAACCAACCUUCAUUUCAAGAUCUACUAAGAAAGGCCGAGGAACAGUUUGGAUUUCAUCAUCCAAUGGGUGGCCUCACAAUUCCUUGCAGCGAAGAAAUCUUUAUGGAUCUUGCUUCUCGCCUCAACUGAUAAUGACUCACUCAAAUAACCUUUUUUUCAUUGAUUUUGUACAUUUUUUUUUUUAUCCCCAUUAGUUUUCUUCAAGAGAUGAGAUGACACCUCUCCUUGAAAGUGAAACAGAGACUUGUAACACUCUUUUUCCUCACUUAAAGUGAGUUGACUCAGAUCUAAUCAAACUCCAUGAUUCAUCAUUUAGUCAGAGAAA